AUUCUCCCAGGGUGCAGUGCUGCGGAGCUCGUGCGACACACUUCCGGUGCCAUCAUGGCGGCCGUUUCUUCCCUGGUGUCGUACAGCAGCGGUUCUGAGUCUGAGUCCGAGUCCGGGUCCGAGUCCGGGGAGCUGGAGAGCGGCUCCCACCUGAAACCCCUGCCGCCGGGAGCCGGCGCUCUGCGGGUGGUGGAUACUGCGCCCGAGGUGGCGGUGAAGCAAGAUGUGGAAACUGGCAUUCAUCUUGACCCUUCUAUCAAGGAAGUUAACUUCAAUCCAACUUAUGAAACCAUGUUUGCACCCGAGUUUGGACCCAACAAUCCUUUCAAAACACAACAGAUGGCUGCACCAAGGAACAUGCUCUCUGGAUAUGCUGAACCAACACACAUUAAUGACUUCAUGUUUGAACAGCAGAGGAGAACCUUUGCAACUUAUGGAUAUGCACUGGAUCCAUCGAUAGAUAUCCAAGAGACCACUACUAAAUAUAUUGGUUCUGUAGAUGAUGCAGAAAAGAAUCAAGGUUUGACAGUAUUUGAAACAAGUCAGAAAAAAACUGAAAAGCGGAGAAAAGUCAAAGGAAGUGAUGCUUCAAACAUAGAUGGCUUCCUUGGUCCUUGGGCAAAAUAUGUUGAUGAGAGAGAUGUAGCAAAACCAUCAGAGGAAGAGCAGAAAGAACUAGAUGAAAUCACUGCAAAGAGGCAAAAGAGAGGCAAACAAGAGGAUGAUAAGCCUGCAGAGGAGAAGACCAUUUUGCACGUUAAAGAAAUGUAUGAUUACCAAGGAAGAUCUUACCUUCAUGUGCCUCAAGAUGUUGACAUUAACUUGCGUUCCUCUGAAUUGCCUGAGAAAUGCUAUCUACCCAAGAAACAGAUUCAUGUCUGGUCUGGACAUACUAAGGGUGUCAGUGCUGUGAGGUUAUAUCCCCAUUCUGGUCAUUUGUUAUUGUCUUGUUCCAUGGAUUGUAAGAUUAAGCUCUGGGAAGUAUACAAGGACCGGAGAUGUUUGCGGACAUUUAUUGGACACAGUAAAGCUGUUCGAGACAUCUGCUUCAACAAUGUUGGAACUCAGUUCCUAAGUGCAGCUUAUGAUCGUUAUCUUAAGUUGUGGGACUCAGAAACAGGCCAGUGCAUAUCCAGAUUCACAAACCGGAAAGUUCCUUACUGUGUAAAAUUCAACCCGGAUGAAGAUAAACAGAAUCUCUUUGUAGCUGGGAUGUCAGACAAGAAAAUUGUACAAUGGGAUAUUCGCAGUGGAGAGAUAGUCCAAGAAUAUGACAGACAUCUAGGAGCGGUGAACACCAUAACCUUUGUGGAUGAGAACAGACGCUUUGUGAGCACAUCAGAUGACAAGAGUUUAAGAGUUUGGGAGUGGGAUAUUCCUGUGGAUUUCAAAUACAUUGCAGAGCCAAGCAUGCACUCCAUGCCUGCUGUGACCUUGUCACCCAAUGGUAAAUGGCUAGCCUGUCAAUCAAUGGACAAUCAAAUAUUAAUAUUUGGUGCCCAGAACAGAUUCAGACUGAACAAGAAGAAAAUAUUCAAGGGCCAUAUGGUGGCUGGAUAUGCUUGUCAAGUUGACUUUUCACCAGAUAUGAGCUAUGUGGUUUCUGGUGAUGCUGAUGGGAAGCUGAAUAUCUGGGACUGGAAAACCACAAAACUUUACAGUAAGCUAAAGGCUCACGAUAAAGUCUGCAUAGGUGCAGUUUGGCAUCCUCAUGAAACAUCCAAAGUUAUCACGUGUGGAUGGGACGGCCUCAUCAAACUCUGGGACUAAAUACCUGAAGCCAUAUACACGUGGGAAAAAUAUCACAAAAAGUACUGGAGGAUACUACUGACCAGGCUACUAACGGCAAAGCACAAUGUUUAACUAGUACCACAUGUCUUAAACGUGUUUGGGUGCGACCCAGCACUCCUCUUUAUAUUUAUUUAAGGCCUGCUCCUACAAGUUCCUGGAUCUCAAUUGGUCAUGCUGCUUCUUAUUAAAACCCUGAACAAUUCACUAAAUCUUCAUAUUGGGUAUUUUGGAUGGUGUGCAAAAUACAUAUUUUUGUGGUAGCUUUUUAUAUUGUGCAAGAGUAUUUUGUGGAAGAAGUUGAUGUAAAACUAUUUGCAAGCAAAAAGAGCAAGCUUGUUGUCUGCUUAUAUAUUCGCACAAGUAAUUUGUCCCACCGGGAAAAACUUUGUUUAGCUUCAGUCCUUUGACUUGAGGCUGUAUGACUGUGUAUAUAUAUAGAUUUACUCAAUUCACACCAAACCAGUGUAUUACUUCAGUAUAAUUUGUGAGUACAGUGUACAGAAUCUUUGUUCCUUUUGUCACAAUAAAAUUUUAAAUUGUCUUUUUUAA